CUUCUCCCUCUCUUCCUCUUUUUCGAGUGCGGCGUGGUUCAGUCAACGAACUACACCGCAUCGCAUUCAGCAGCAGAAGCUGCGUAAACUACUUUUUGAGGAGGAAAGAACCGAUUCCUCCUACUGUUUUGAGGUUGAGUUGGGAAUAUUUAUUGCUGCGCCGUGUCGGUCGCGUGAUAUUUUAUAAAUUUAAGUGAUGCUGAUAUUAGUUGUACCUGACUGAAAACGAACAAUUUGAUGGCAACCAUAUUAUUGUCCACAUAGAUAAGUUACUUUAUCAUCAGCAAAGAUAGGAAAAUUUGAAAAAGUAGACGUAAGCUUUGGAUUAAUAGUUGUAGCUAUGCUUUCCUCUCAAAAUUGUGCCUUGGAGCAGGCGUGUAAACCGUCCUCUGCCGAUGCUGAACCCUGCUCCCUCCAGAUUUUAAGUCAGUUUGAGAGAUUUUACCAAGGCCGCAUUGCAGAAAUAGAAGCAAACGUUAAAAUUACAGAUACCCAACGAAAUGAGUCUAAAAUGAAAAUAAUGUCAGAUUGGAUCAGAGAUUUAGGAGAACAGAAUACAAUGUUAGUACAAAUUGUCCAUGAUUUAGAAGAAGCUACUGUUGAACGAGUGAAAUUAUUAGAAAAUAAAUUACAAGAAACUUCAAAUCUGAUAUCGCACAACAUGAUGAAUUCAGAUAAGCCUGGAGAAGAUUUGAAUGCACUGUCAGGCCGUAUAUGUGAAUUAGUUGAAGAGCAAGAUAACAUGAAAACCAAAAUUGAUUUUUUACAUAAAGAUAUUGAUAAUCUACUCGAAUUCAUUAAGCGUGGUAGAAUAGAAAAUAAUUGGGAUCUUGAAGGUAUAACAUUUUUUGCAAUCCAACCUUCAGAUAUUCCUGCACCAGAGGAAUGCACCUGUGGGGAAGACUCCAUUGAGACACAUAAAAUAUUAGCAGAUGAAAUAGCUCAGAAUCAUGACUCACUUUUAAUAUUGAAAAAUAAAAUUCAACUGCUUGAAGAUGAACUUCAAUAUUCAAAGGAUGUUAUCUCUUUUAAGGAUGAAAUAAUUCAACAACUAAAAAAUGACAUAAAAACAAACAAUAAAAAGAUCUCCGGUUCGGUUAGAAAAGUAAGGAUGACUACAGAAUCUUGUCAAAAGUUUAAAGACGGAACAAUGGAAAAUAGAUCACAUGCUACUAUAGAGCAAUUAGAAGAACUUAAAAACUUAAUUGCUACAAAAGACAAUGAAAUAACAGAACUCAAAUCAAUUUGCAAUAAAAAAUGUAACGUGGAAAGUGCCAACAUGAUUCCAAGUUUGGUUUCGUCAAAUGAUACACAAAAUGAGCUACUUUCAUUCUUAACAGAUUUAGCUUGUUCAAUGGAAGAAGAUAAAAAUAUUAUUUUAAAUCUUCAACUUGAAUAUGAAACUGUACUAAAUGACUUGAAACAAACCAAGAAUAUGUACGAAAACGAUGUAGCUUUAGCAUAUGAAAAAUUAGAAGACAUUGCACAUUGCAUUCGUGACUACCGAGACAAAGUAAUAAACGUAGAUCGAAAUUUCAAUGGUAUUGGCGACUUCCUUACUAUUAUUAGUAAUAAAAUAGAGUUUAUUGAAAAAUUAUUUCAAAAUAAAUGUGAGAUGUGUGCAAAAGAAAAUGUACUGUCAAAAAUUGAUGAUAUUAUCACCAAAGUUACAUCUGGGGUUCAAACACUGUCGAAAAUACAGGGGAAGAAAGACUCUAAUUCUAAAUCUAUCAAUAAAAUGAUAGAAAAAACUCAUUUAUUUUAUAAAAAAAAUUUUGUAACUGACCAAGAGCAACAACAAGUAUUUUCUGCUAUCAUGCAACAAUUUUGUAUGAUGGAGGAAUUUCGAAUAUGUACCGUCGAAGUACAAGCAGCCACGGAAGAUUUGAGGGAAGAAAUGUCUGCUAUAAUUUCGAACUUGAACUCUAGGCAUUGUAAAUAUACAGAUUUUGCACAAACAAUAUUUCAAGUACAAGAUUACCUCACAAGAAGUAGAGAACAUAUUUGUUAUGCGAUAAAUCGUUUAGAAUUACAAGAUGAAGAAAUAUGUAGAUAUAAUGAACGAAUAAUUAAUAAUAAAUCAAGACUGAAAGAUAUGAAAAAUGAAUUUAAUCAAUUUCAGUUAGAAUCGUCCAAGUACCUUAAUGAUGUAGACAGUAAAAUGCCAAAACAUAAUUUAUUAGAUUAUAUGAAAAUCCAUAAGUGCAAUAAUCUACUUAUCUCAGUCGUAGACGAAGUAGAACAAAUAGUUACUAACUUAGGUAUUUUCCAAAGUCAAGGAUGUUGUUCAUUAUCAACAAUGUCAGAGCUAAAAAAGCAAUUAGCUGUUAUGGAGCAGAACAUUAAGGAGUUCAAAAAAAAUUCUGACCAAAUAUUAUUAGAUAAUGACACGGCGCAAAAUAUAUUUGCCGUGCGAUUUGAGAAACUUGAAAAAUAUGAAUGCGAAGUCGAUAGUUGUCAAACGAAAAUGCAAGAUACUCUUGAAAGUAUUGUUAAUAUUAGAGAUCAGAUAAAUGAGUUUGAAUGUAUAAAAUAUUGUGGAGACACAUCAAAGUGUACAAACGAUACAAUAAAAGUUAAAGAAGACUUGAGAAAAUUACAAAAAGAAUAUGAGGAGUUCAAAUAUAAAAUAAAUAAGGAAUCCUUUAUUGGUCAACAAGAUAAUAUGCAUGUCGUACACCAGCAUAAUACUAUCGUCGAUUUAGAAGAUCAAAUAAAUUUAUUGCAAAAAGAAAUAAAAUUAAAACAAGAGGCAAAUAUUUUCUUCAAACAAAGUAUAGAACACUUAGAAAAAGAAUUGGAAUCUGUUCGUGUAAAAUUUGAAGAAUAUCGUAAGUCGGCAACAACAGAAACCAUGGAAUUGAGAAAAAUAAUUUUCCAGUUACAAAAUUCGGUACAAAGUGAUGUAACAUGUAUUAACGAAGGUUCAUUGAAUAACAAAACAGAUUUGAAUACGGAAGAAUCAGAGGAAAAUACACUAAAACACGAAUUACAAAAUAUCCCUCAAUUAUUUAAAGUAUUACAAGAUACUAUUGAAAUAAUUAAUAUUAGUCUACGAGAAGUUGGAGAUAAACUUAAAAGACUGAUACCGCAUAAUCCAGCUGUCAGGAAUAGUUCCGAUGACUCACUCUCAGUAGCAUUGGAGCUCCUCACAAAGCACGCUAAAAGUAUUAAUUACUGUUCCUUUGAAGUAGAGAAAAUAAAAGCUGCAAUGUACUCAAAAGAUAAAUUAAUGGAAAACAUGGAUGAAAUCAUAAGAAUACAAAAAGACUCCAUUAUGAUAUCUCAAUCUGAGGUAGAAAAUUUACAUAAAACUCUUCAAGAAAAGAUUAAUGUUCAAGAAAAGAUGAUUUUCAAAUGCGAGACAGAAAAAAGACAACUUUACAAGCAAGUUGAAUUACAAAUGCAAACCAUUGGGCACUUACAAAAUGCUGUUGUUGAAGCUAAAAGAACGAUCGAUCAAUUGACUAAUAAUGUUGCCAUAAAUGUGAGUGAGCCUCGGACUCCUCUUUCUUCUACUAGUUUUAGUCACAAUAAUGUGCACGAUGUUUAAUGUAUACAAAAAAGUGUUAGUUUGUUUAUAAAACCAAGAGAUAGAAAUGUAAUUCAUUCAGUACGAGAAGUGCACAACGAAAUUUCUUGGUGUUGUGAUUAGUAAAGAGGAAAAAGUGUACUUAAUGAAACAGAUUGCUUUAUACAAUAUUCGUAAAUGUAACAUAUGCAUUUUUAAUUUUGAUGUAUAUAGUAAUCAAAACAUGUUCAGUUUUCGUUUGAAAACUACAGCAGUUAAUCGGCAAGCAUGGUUUUUUUUAACAAAUCUCAUAACUUCCUUCUUGUUAAAGAAUUUUUUUUAUUUCUAAUGUUGAGUUUUUAUUUUUCUGUAUAAUAUUAACUAACCAGGUGUGCCAAUAAGUGAUUAGUUUAUAGUGAGUUUAAUAACAAAAGCAAAAACAACUCUGCAUGAUUUGAAUAAUUACGACAAGUAAGUUAUAUUCCUUAGUAAAGGAAAUUAACUUUUGCCUAAAACAACAUCUUAAAUGAAAAUACAUUUUAGAAUUUGCACUGCAGUCGCAUAAUAAAGUCGUUAAACACAUUUCUCAUUGAAACUCAGAGUCAGUACAAUCAAUGCUUUAGUGAGGCAAGUGCACAAGAUGCUCUCUUGGAACUCCAACGUGAUGCUAUUUGUAAUCUACAGAACAAAAU